AUGGAUCAUACCAAGAAUAAGAAUUCUAAUGUUCUCUUUCAAUCCGUAGUUUCGGAUAAGCAUCACGAUGAGCCUUUGGAUCUUCAUCAUGAUCAUCACACAGAAAGCCCAUAUUUACCAGCACAGUAUCAUCAGCAUGGUGACGUUAAAGAAAGCCUUUCUUCACCAAGCGGCCUCUACAUGAAUCAUCAUGUACCUCAACUGAUGACGAGUUUGCCAUCCAACUUUGCUGUUGGAACAGUGGCUGCAGUAUUUGGAAGAACGCUUUCAGUACCGUUACAACAAACUCUGCCUAUAUGGAAUGGCCAAUCUAUCACACUUUCGCGAUACAUUUAUCAAUGCACAAAAGGUUUGACCACAGGAUUUUCGUCGUGCCUUACAAAAUUUGCUCCUGCUCAAGCACUUGCGCUUUCUUUGAAGGAUACGUGUAAAGAUAUUCUGGCAUCAUCUCAAGUCAUAUUGAAUUUAAAUCGUCAACAUGAUGAAAAGAACCAGCUGAUUCUCAACUUGACUGCAGGAGCGUUGGCUGGAGCAGCAUCACAUGUGGUUUUGCAUCCGUUUGAGCAUGCCCAAAUGAGGUACUUUACCUAUCUUAGCAAGCAUCGUGUUGUGAGCCAAUUUAAAGGACCGGUACAUUUUGUUGUGAGUACGAGUGGCUUUUCUUCUCUUUUCAAAGGAUUUGGAAUUGGAUUGAUGAAUGCUGUCACAAGCAGAGGUUUAUUGUUUGGAGUGUACGACUCUCUUAAUGUGAACAAUCCUUUCAAGAAUCAAUGGGAUGCUUAUGGAAUUUGUUCCAAAUUAUUGAUUGCCCAAUGUGCCACCUCAAUUUCUGUACUGUUUUCGAUACCAUUUUUAAAUAUUCAAAAAGAGAUGAUCUUGCAAAGCAUGACUGGCAAUGCACAAAAUUCCGAUGGAUACAUGUCAUCUGUUCAAACUAUCAAGACAAUGGUUUCUCGACAUGGCGUCUCUAGCCUGUUCAAGGGAGCACUCGUGGAGUGUUUAGCCAGAAGAACAAGUGGAACAUUUAUUCUGGUCAUGUAUGAUUUGUUGAAGGAGAUGUGGGCUGCAAAAUCGCUUUCAUUACAAACUCUCAGUCAUUCUCAUUCUGAUAAUUAA